AUGUCGCCGUAUCAAAUCGUGUAUGGUAAAGCCUGUCAUUUUCAGCUCGAACUGGAGCAUCGAGCAUUUUGGGUGACGAAAUACUUGAAUUUUGACUUGGUUAAGGCAGGUGAAUCAAGAAUUCUGCAGCUUCACGAGUUAGAGGAGUUCCGGAAUUUCGCAUAUGAGAAAUCUAAAAUAUAUAAAGAAAAAACGAAGAAAUGGCAUGACCACAAAAUAAAAUUCAAGGAAUUCCAAGAGGGAGAGCUGGUUCUUCUAUUCAACUCAAGAUUGAAGUUGUUCCCAGGAAAGCUAAAGUCAAGAUGGUCGGGCCCCUUCGAGAUAAUCAAGGUAUUUCCUUACGCCGUAUCAAAUCGUGUAUGGCAAAGCCUGUCAUUUUCCGCUCGAACUGGAGCAUCGAGCAUUUUGGGCGACGAAAUACUUGAAUUUUGA